GCGAUCCCAGCAUUCCUUGCGGCACGCCACCAAGAUGGCGGCGCCCGUGUGCCGCUGCUUUUCCCGGGGCCGGUCGUCUAGUGCCCUGGAGCCGUCGGUUUUCUUGCUCUUGGGGCUGCGUAAGGCCCAUUCGGGCGCUCAGGGGUUACUGGCGACGCAGAAGGCUCGGGGUCUGUUCAAGGAGUUCUUCCCAGAGAGGGGGACGAAGGUAGAGCUCCCAGAGCUCUUCGACCGUGGCAUGGCGGGCUACCGUCCCCAAACCAUUUACUGCGGCUUCGACCCCACGGCCGAGUCGCUUCACGUGGGGCAUCUGCUGGCGCUGCUGGGCCUGUUCCAUUUCCAGAGAGCGGGUCACAAUGUGAUCGCGCUCGUGGGAGGCGCCACGGCGCGCCUGGGAGACCCCAGCGGCCGUACCAAGGAGCGCGAGGCGCUGGCGGAAGAGCGCGUGCGGGCCCACGCGCACGCCCUGCGCCUGGGACUCGAGGCCCUGGCGGCUAAUCACCGGGAGCUCUUCCCUGAUGGGCGGACCUGGGGCAACUUCACGGUGCUGGACAACUCGGCUUGGUAUCAGAAGCAGCCCCUGGUGGACUUCCUGGCGGCAGUGGGCGGCCACUUCCGCAUGGGGACGCUGCUGAGCCGGAUGAGCGUGCAGACGCGGCUCAAGAGCCCCGAGGGCAUGAGCUUGGUCGAGUUCUUUUACCAGGUGCUCCAGGCCUAUGACUUCUAUUACCUGUUCCAGCGUUACGGAUGCAGGGUCCAGCUGGGCGGAUCAGAUCAGCUGGGCAACAUUAUGUCCGGAUACGAGUUCGUCCACAAGUUGACUGGAGAGGAUGUAUUUGGAAUCACUGUCCCUCUAAUUACAAGUACAACUGGAGCAAAGCUGGGAAAGUCUGCUGGCAAUGCUAUUUGGCUUAACAGAGAUAAGACGUCUCCGUUUGAAUUGUAUCAAUUCUUUGUCAGGCAGCAAGAUGAUUCAGUGGAAAGGUACCUGAAGCUCUUCACUUUUCUGCCCCUCCCAGAGAUUGACCACAUUAUGCAGACACACAUCAGAGAGCCAGAAAAGCGAGGUCCUCAGAAACAACUUGCUGCGGAAGUGACAAAGCUUGUUCAUGGACGAGAAGGACUGGAUUCUGCUAAAAGGUGCACACAAGCCCUUUAUCACAGUAGCAUAGAUGCACUGGAGGUCAUGUCUGAUCAAGAGUUAAAAGAAUUGUUCAGAGAAGCUUCAUUUUCUGAAUUCGUUCUCGACCCUGGAACAAGCGUCCUAGAUACAUGUCGCAAAGCAAAUGCCAUUCCAGAUGGUCCCCGAGGGUAUCGAAUGAUAACAGAAGGCGGAGUCAGUAUAAAUCACAGACAAGUAACAAAUCCUGAGACUGUUUUAGUUGUUGGACAACAUAUUCUCAAGAAUGGACUCUCUUUACUUAAAAUAGGAAAAAGAAAUUUCUACGUUAUAAAAUGGCUUCAAUUAUGAAAAAUCCUUAUUCAGACUUAUCCAACAUUCAUUCCCAAGAUAUAUGAAAGGUGGGCUCCAGAACUUAUACGUUCACAUAUGCAAGUCAGAAAAACAGAAUGGAGCGUGUACACUAUGCCUCACAGUGUGAGUAACUUCAUUAUUUUUAUGGGUUAGUUAAUAAAUAAGGUGCUUGUUUAAU